AAUUUUUCCUCUUUCUACAGUUUUCUCAUUGUGUCUUUUUGCUGUCUCUCACUUUGCUCACUCUGAUUUAAUUAUUUUAUCUUCUUACUUUGGCUCGAUCUAACUGCUGUGUUCAGUUGUGUUUUUAGUUAACUUGACUGAUAAUUGUGAUUAGUUUUUUGAUUAUUUAAUAAUCGGUGGAUUAUCUUAUUAUUGGUCGAGAUGAAUGAUACAAAGGAAAAAUCACCUCCCAAGCAAGAGGAGAUGAAAAAUAGUUUUGCUACAUUCCUUUGGAAUCCUUGGCGGAAAGAAUUUUGUGGUCGCACAGCUUCAUCUUGGGGAAAAAUUUUUGUUUUCUAUGUCAUUUUCUACAUUUGCUUGGCUGCUUUCUGGUCUAUUAUGUUAUUGAUUUUUAGGACUACAAUCGAUGAUAAACACCCUAAAUGGAAAUUAGAUGAAAGCCGGAUCGGAUCCAAUCCCGGUCUUGGAUACAGACCUCGUCCACCACGAGAAAGACUAGAAAGUACUUUGAUUAGAUUCCGAAGGAAUAACGAGAAAAGUUACAAACACUGGGUUGAGGAUUUGACUCAAUUUGUCCACGGUCAGAAUGCAUCUGAUAGCGGUGGAGCAUCGCUUGCAAUUGAUUGCGAAAAAAACCAAAUAUCAUCAGAUGAUCAGUUUUGCGCUUUCAAUGUUCGGGACAUUGGCUCACCAUGCUCCCCAGCUAAUUCCUUUGGUUAUCGUGACGGUAAACCUUGUGUGCUCAUCAAAUUGAAUAGAAUAUUUGAUUGGAAACCUCAAACCUAUGAUCCACAAGAUUAUAACAAUCCUGCUCUACCUCAAGAAUUGAGGGACGUAAUGAAGAUGGCUUAUGACAAAAAUAAGUCCAAUCGUUACAUUUACAUCACAUGCCAAGGCCAAAAUCCAAUUGACAAGGAAAAUAUUGGCCAAAUCCAGUUUUUCCCUGAACCAGGCAUAAGGGAUUACUAUUUCCCGUUCCGAAACCAGGAUAACUAUAAAUCACCAUUUGUGUUCGUUCAAUUCACCAAUCCUAGUCAUGGUUUGGUUAUCAAUGUGGAAUGUAAGGCGUGGGCCAAAAAUAUCAAGCACAAUCUUUUAGAGAGAGAAGGCAGUGUUCACUUCGAACUGUCCAUAGAAUAACAUCGAUAUCAUUUUCAUUAGUUUUAACAAAAAUAACAAAAAAAAUCAACACCACCACCAUCACUACCACCACCAACUUAAAAGCAACAAGAGUCGCAAGAGAUGAAAAAUAGUUGCCGUAUAUAUAUUAUAUAUAUUAUUAAUUUCACUCAUCUUAUAUAUAUUUGUUUUAAUUAACAUUGCGUAAACAUAAAAUGAAAUUUUAGUCCGAGAUCGAAGUUUUAAUUGCAAAAGUGUUCAAGUCAACAGAAAAAAAAUGACAGAUUUUUAUGUCUGAAGGCAAUAGUUUAGUAUUGGAAAGUUGUGAGGAAGAAAAAGUGAAUGUGUUGAGAAGAAGGAAAAAACAUCUUGAUUUUUUAAUAAAUCCAUUGCUUUUAGACUAAUUUUGUUGUUUUGAUAAAGGUAUCUUUAGUCUCAACUCUUUCAACCAAUUGUAGUCAAUUACAGAGAUAUUCCUGUUGAAGAGAAAAGAAAAAACAAAUAAAGAACAGAAGAUUGUGUUAUUAAAUGAAUUUUUGACCAUCAAACACUAAACCAUGAAACCACACAUUACACACACAAAUGAUAAAUCAGUGAUUAAAAAUACAAUCAACAUUAUUCAAAGGAUUCAAAGCAUUUAAACAUCACACAAAUCAUUUUAAAAUGAAACUAACCUCAUGUAACAUUUGCUGGUUUGUACCAAUUCGGAGUAAAUAACAUAUUCUGGUUUAACAUUGAAGAGACACGAAGAAGGAUGGAUAAAAACCUUUUCUUCCGACAUUUUCUGUUAUUCACCAUAAUCCAAUGUUCCAGUCGAAAAGUGGGAAACCAAAUUGUUGUCAUCCAAAUGAAGAGGCGAAAACAUCAAUCAUGAAAAAGAAGAGAAAAAGAAUUAACAAUAAUGCCAAGAAAUAAUGAUAAACCAAUUAGUUUUCCGUGAAUUUAUUUUCACCGAUCAGAUGGAAACUGGAUUGUCACAUAUUAACCAGAAGAAACAGACAAAUCUCAAAGUGUGUAUCAACAAUGUGUUGUCUCUGUAAUUCCAUUUGUAAAAGUAUCAAAUCAUCAAAAAAAGAAACGCUUUCCCUGUACCUUCUUUUGCUUCUCUUGUUUUGAAGUUAGUUCCAUGUUGUUUAAAACACACACACAGGUUAAACAAACUAAACAUUUAAUUUCAGAGAGAAAGGCAAAAAACUGACAAAACUUCCAUCUUAUUCUCUCAUCAACUGUCCUCUCUCAUCAAGAAUCUCAUCACUUUAUUUUGCAAUCAAGUGAAUUAUUAGUGUUUCUUUUCAUGAUUAGAUAGUCAGAUGAAAAAGUGUUCAACACAUCGGUGCAAAAGCAAAGAAGAAGCUCUCUACGACUUGGUAACUUUCUUCAAGACUCGAGAAGGCAAUAUCUUCUUAACCCUAAACAAGUCAAAUUAAACAAAUUUCACUAUUAAUUAGACAGGCUCAAUGAUAUGUUCAUAAAAAAAUCUGUGCACUUAACAAGUGUUUUAACUGACAAGAAAAUCAUCUUCAUCUCACCCUUUAAUCAACUCCUACAUCACUUAAACAUACACCGAUAAUAAGCAUUUUUUCACGACAAUUGACCAUCGUUAUUGUCUCUCUCUCUCUCUCUCUCUCUCUCACUCACUAUUUGUAAGAAUAAAUUGCCAACCUUAUUUCCUUUAUUAUCGGAUAAAACUGCCAUUGCAUGAAGAGAAAUAAUGAACAUGAAGACUGAUAGAUUUUGAAAAGGUAGCAAGAACACAGAUGAGCUGCAAGAGUAAAAUGAAUGUGUCUAAUCAUAAAUUCAUUGUUUCUCUCUUGUGCUCAUUAAAUUUCUCUUUCUAUCUCUCUAUGUCUCUUUCUCAUCCUUUAAUCUUCUGAAACUUUUUCCCUGGAAAAGAAAAAAAACCUCAAAAUGGGUAACAAUCAGCAUUCUGUUUAAAUGGUUUAAACAUGAAUCAAAUCUAAAAUACCUUUUACUUGUUACCCAAUUGAACCUUUUUUUCUGUCUCAAUUCUUUUCUUCUGUGUUUCUUCGUUUACAAAACUAAAUUCAGUAUAAUAUGAUUUAUAAUUAUACAAAAGAUACAAAAUUAUUAUUACAAUUAGUGUUGGUAAAAUUCAAUUGUGAUAAGCAAAUAAACAAACCAACAACUCCUUAUUGUAUAGAGACGAAACAAAUUUAAACACAUAAAAACAAAACUUCACCUUAA